UUCGAACAUUAUCAUCAUCACCCUUGCUUUUAAUUAUCAUUUUUUUGUUUGUUGAUAUUUUUUCAAUAAAAAUGAGACUUGCUUUUGUGUUUCUCGCUGCUUUUUGCGUGUGGUCCUUGCCACAAGAAUCAUCUUCCUACAAAAUUUUGGGAGUUUUUCCAACAUUUUCAAAGUCUCACUACAUCCUCGGGAGCAAAAUAAUGCGAGAAUUGGCUGAAAAAGGACACGAAGUCACCGUUUUAACGCCUUUCAUCUUGAACAAAGGCGUCCCCAACUUGACUGAAGUGCUCGUGGAUGGAAUUAUUGAGAAAAGUUCAAUUAUCACGGAUCACCUUCUGGAAUUUGAUUCGACAAGUAUGUUUGGACGCUUAAGAAAUCUAUAUUUUUUCGGACUAAUGAUGACAAAUCACACAAUGGAUCACCCUAAAGUCAAGCAAUUUUUAAAAUCUGAUGCGAAAUUUGAUGUUAUUGUCUUGGAAAUCUUCGUUAACGAUGCCAUGCUCGGUUUCGGAUCGCAUUUCAAAGCGCCCGUUGUUGGAAUUUCCACUUUUGGUGCCAAUAAUUGGGUAAACGAGAUGGUUGGCACACCUUCACCUCUCAGUUACAACCCACAUUUCAACUUGGAGUACAUGGAACGGAUGACUUUCAUGCAACGAGUUCAUAAUUUCUUCGUGAAUUGCUUGGAUUACGCUUUUAUAAAGUUCUUUUUCCUUCCUGCGCAGAAAAAAAUCUACGAAAAUUCGUUCCCAGCUGAGACUAGACAAGAUUUUGAUCAAGUUUUAAAGAAAUCCGUGUCCUUUGUACUUUUAAAUUCUCAUUAUACGACCAGUUAUCCACGUCCUUAUGUACCCAACAUGGUUGAAAUUGGCGGCGCUCAAAUAAAUCGCAAGCAAAAAUCGCUUCCGACGGAUGUCAAAAGAAUUCUCGAUGCCGCCCAUGAUGGUGCCAUUUACUUUUCGAUGGGUACCAACAUCGAAAGCACCCGUUUGCCGCAAGAAAAACGCGACGCAAUCCUAAAAACCUUCGCUAAAUUCCCCAAAAUCCAAUUUUUAUGGAAAUGGGAGGACCCAAAAUUGCCUGGGAAGCCAUCGAACGUUCACAUCCAAAAAUGGUGGCCCCAAGAUGAUCUCCUGGGACAUCCAAAUAUUCGUUGUUUCAUCACGCAUGGCGGUCUUUUGAGCACCGCCGAGGCAAAUUAUCACGGAAUUCCCAUAAUUGGCAUUCCGGUGUUUGGGGAUCAAGAUUUGAAUAUGGCGCGAGCUCAAAAUAUGGGAUACGGCGUGUCAGUUAAAUACAAGAAUUUGACCGAAGCAUCGCUGACAUGGGCUCUUACGGAAAUCUUGAACAACAAAAAAUACAAGGAAAAUGCACGUGAAAUUGCUGUGAGAUAUCGGGACCAACCGAUGACUCCAUUGGAUACGGCAACUUAUUGGAUCGAGUAUGUGGCGCGACACAAAGGGGCGACUUUUAUGCAGAGCCCGGCGCAGGAUUUGGGCUUCUUUAGUUAUCAUUUGUUGGAUGUUUUUGCGUUUUUGGGAGGAAUUGUCUUCGUUUUUGUGUUUUUACUGAAGAUUUUGUUCUGUAAGAAGAGUAAAAAAGUUGGAAAUGAAGUUAAUAACAACAAAACGAAAGUAAAUGAGAAAAAGAAGAAGAAAUAAAUGAACGCAGGACGUGUUUUUAUAGCUGAAAUUGAAGAAAAUAAAUUAAUUUUUAAAUAUUUUUCAUUAAAACUCGGAUUUUUUGAAUAAAAUUCACUUGAAACGAUUU